GAAGGAGGGAGCGAAUGUGAUCGAGAGGCACAGUGGAAGAGAGAGCGAGACUGUGAAGGGGGAGAGGAAACUCACAGCAUCUCCGAGCACCAGCAGUGAGGGGCUGCUCUCUUUUCCUCGGCUUGCUUCUGAUUUGCCGCACAAUUUGGAAUAGAUCUGUUCAAAGUCUUACUGUUCUCAUCUUUUUGCUUGAAUUCUUCAUUUCAAAUUGCGUUUUGCACUGUGCACCCUCGGCGGGAAUUGCUGUCAACCUGCUUUGGCUCACAGAGCCGAGAGCUGACGAGGACAGAAGCGGUACGCAGAUCUUCCAAUUUUGGGAAUGGACUGAGUAUUUUAGAGACUUUAUGGAAUGUGUCUCAAAGACGGAGAAGCAGCAACGAGAUCUACCUCAGAAGGAAAGAAGCUGGGCAUGUACAACUAAUCAGAUGCAGAGGUUGGCAUGCCAUGUGAUGUGCAAAUGUUGGACUGAAACCAAGAACAUGUGGAUUUAAGACCUGUCCUGAUGCGAUCUGAGGGGACACCUUCACAUAAGCAGCUAUAUACCUGUUUCAGAAAACAUAUGACCUGCUUUUAUCCGAUGCACAGUGAAAGUUCAUGAAAAGUAAAUGGAUUGGGAGCAAAUAAGACCAAAGACGUCGCUGUGGCCCCCCCAGAACACGAUCUUGAAAUUUUGAUUAGUUCCGUUUUGCCUCACUCAGACUCCCGCAGGCUAUGAGCUGUGCUCUGUGCAGCGAUAGCUCUGGCAACUCUCAUAUGCUGUCCUGUGUUUGUCUAGAGUGUCUGUGUUUUUAUUCGGACUAUAGAACCCCAAAGAGGGUCGAGACAGUGGCCAAGAGGACAGUAUUCCAGAAGAAAAACAUGGUGCAUGUUAUUGUUUGGUGACAAACUAAUAUGAACAGAUUUUUCGGAGACUUUUGCAACUCUUGAAAUUCAAUUUUUGUGGACUCGGGAGAAGGAAACCGUUUGAUCUUCAUUUCCUUAUUCUACAACCCCUUCUACAAUCCUGCACAUUUUACCCUUGAGAGGACCGCUUAAGGAAUUGGUCGACUUCACUGCGGGUGCUGUGGACAAUAUUGCCAACUGGCCUUCAGCACAGAUAUGCAACCCUUUUGUUUCCAGCAGCAUUAGUUUUGUUUGCCGAGGAAAUAUCUCUGUCUUACAAUUACUGAACUGCUCCUAAGCAUGACUGAUUUCAGAGGAGUGCUAGGCACUUUUUUUUCUUCUCCUCAUGGACUGUAUUGAUUUUUGCCAAUGCUCAAUUCAUUGAGAUCCAGCCAUGUGAAAGACCGAGGUAAAGGGGAAAAAACAGAAGAUUGAGAUUGAGAAAGCACGGACACGGGAUCACGUUACAGGCCAUCUGCACUGCGUUUCGGACAACGGAGCCUUAUCCAAGUGGACCAGGUCCGGUACAAUGAACCAGUCGGAGUUGAUCGAACUGGUCCCCACCGUGAACAGCAGCCUUAGCGGUCACUUCGGCGUGUCCCUAAACCACUCCUGCCCCCUAGGCUGGGGGCAGAACAAGGUCUUGGAAGCUUGCGUCUUGGAGACUGCCGUCAUUGUGUUGCUGACUGUGCUCAUCAUUGCUGGGAAUUUAACGGUGAUCUUUGUGUUUCAUUGUGCCCCGUUGUUACACCACUACACCACCAGUUACUUCAUCCAGACUAUGGCCUACGCGGAUCUGCUGGUGGGGCUAAGUUGCCUGGUUCCCACCCUUUCCCUGCUCCAUUACCCAGCUGGUGUCCAAGAACCCCUCACCUGUCAGGUGUUCAGCUACGUCAUCUCUGUACUCAAGAGCGUUUCGAUGGCUUGUUUGGCUUGCAUUAGCGUGGACCGCUAUCUGGCUAUUACCAAGCCCCUCUCCUACAACCAGCUGGUAACACCCUGCCGCCUUCGCUGCUGCAUCGUUCUCAUAUGGAUCUACUCUUGCGUGGUGUUUCUCCCGUCUUUCUUCGGCUGGGGUAAGCCGGGGUACCAUGGGGAUAUCUUUGAAUGGUGUGCCCACUCUUGGCCCACUUCUGCACUCUUCACUGGCUUUGUUGUGUGCCUGCUGUACGCCCCUGCAGCCCUGGUGGUCUGUUUCACCUACUUCCACAUCUUCCGCAUCUGCCAGCAGCACAACCGAGAGAUCAGCGAGCGACGGGCACGCUUUCCCAGCCAGGAGAUGGAAACUGCCGAAGGGGGCAACCACGCAGGCCACGGGCCAGACCGGAGGUACGCCAUGGUGCUUUUCCGGAUCACCAGUGUUUUCUACAUGCUUUGGCUCCCCUACAUUUUUUAUUUCCUUCUGGAGAGCUCCCAUGUGCUGGACAGCCCUGCCCUCUCCUUUGUGACCACCUGGUUAGCAAUUAGCAACAGCUUCUGCAACUGCGUCAUUUAUAGCCUGUCCAACAGCGUAUUCCGGCUGGGGAUGCGUAGACUCUCACAGACGCUCUGCUCCUCCUGCUCCUUCAGCCCCUGCACUCAUGAUGACAAGGACUUUGGAGAGCCAAAGCCAAGAAAGAGAGCCAACUCCUGCUCCAUCUGAAGAUCUCGAAGGAUUGCUUGGAUCAGUCAUAUGCUGCCAAGUGUUGUUGCAAUGGAUUUUAAUGUAAUUGUAACUCUUGGUCGUUAGAAGAAACUACCAACAGUGAGGUUGAUGAAGUUGUCUAAUAGUCAUGUGAUCUACAUUCCCUUGUAAAUAUUAAGAUAACACCUGCCUUGGUCCUGUAAAUACCACAGAAUGGUCACUGGCCACAACUUGUUUGACAACCUAGAGAUAUGCAGUUUUUAGAGCGUUUGUGAGCAAAAAAACAAUGCCAAGGGGUGGGUUCAAAGCUCUCGCUUGUGAUGGCUCUUUCCAAAUAUAGAGCACACUUGCUAUUUUUAGAUACGAUACCCAUGUUUCUGGAUUGGUUGUUUUGAUGUUUGUUGAAUUCGUUUUGUCGCAGCUGUAACUGUAAAAACGGUUGCUUUACAAAACGAUGAGAGCUUAAAGAUCUUAACUAGCUGGGUCUUCUCCUAGUGGCUUUUAUGGUACAGUGUAUCUUGAAUCUUAAAUAAUCACAGGCAAUUCACGUCAGAAGCGAUGUAGCAAAGGACAAACAGCUUGGUCUGUUUAUUUUUUCAAAAUCUUCAUUCUAGAUCUGAUCUUUUUGUAGGAAAUCUUGAAAUACCACAUGCGCACAAUAUCAACAAAUGCCUGUAAUAGUUGUGGACUGUAGUUUAGAUCCCCAGUGGUGUAAAGCCUUAGCUGUUUGUAAUUAGACCUAUUUGCCUGCAGUGACCCUUUGAGAAACAUGCAACACAGCAUGUUUUAUUUUGUAAUUCAUAUUUUUGCCAGAUCAGCUUUAACUUAACUUGACAUUCUUAUUACCUUAAGCUGAGCUUUUUUCACUCACUUUAAUGUAUGAAUGUCCAAAUGAUUUUUUUCGUCUAAAGUCUACAAAUAAAAUUUUCAUUCUUACUCAGUUUUAUCUCUCUCAAAGAGAUGUUGUUUAAUUAAUUUAUUUUUAUAUUUUUUGUUUAAUGAGAGAGAGUUUUAAACAGUUGAUCAGAGAAUAUAAUUGUUUUUCAAUUUAAAAUGCGUUUAAAUUUUACAAAUAUUUUUAAAAUACCCAAAAAUGACAUACACAAAUUUUAGUUUUUCUUUUAUUCUGUUCUAGUUUAUACAUUCCAAUUCCAAUUAAUACAUCCUAGUUAUUUUCCAAAGAUUUAUUUAUUUUCUGCACAGUUGUGGGACUGUCACAAUAUACUACUUGUCAUAUUUGUUUCUGCAAUGAGUAUUUUUGUGUUAUGUAUCAGCCAUUAUUUUUGUAACGAUACAGAGAAUACAAUAUAUGGCUGCUUCUUUUUGAAUUAUAAUACUUGGGUAUUGUUUGGGGCAGCGUUAAACUCAUUGCCCGAGUCUAGUAUUGGUGGUUUAGUACGAAACUGCUUUUUGUUGAAGAUUUUUUUUUGUGCAUAUUUCAGUUUGUUUAUGCCUGUAAACUUUAUUUGCUGAUGGAUGUUACAGCCCUGUACAUGCUGAACUUCGCAGCUCUAAAAAAAUCACAAUACAACAACUAGGCUAGUUGAUGUGCAUUAGAUAAUGAAGAAAAGAAAAAGAUAAUAAGAAUAGACUCACUUUCUUUCAAAUUAAAUGGUGAGGGUGUUCUUUUUUUAAUUCUUAAUAACAACUUAGAGUAAAUUGACUAUUUAUUUAUUUAUUUUUCAAUGUCCAAUGGAUAUGAAACUGAUAAAAUAGCAGUAUAUUCCUGUAUUCAUUUUGCUGAUGAACCUAUAAUGUCUCUGUCCAUUUU